GGACACAGCUGACACACUGCUGACCUUUCCCCUACAUGCGGUUAUUUUUAGCGUUAAUACCACCAUCCUCACGUGAAACUCUUCACCCCCUCCCCCAAGCCCCCAGACCUUUGGGCAACCUUGGGCUUGCGGAAACCCGGCCCCCUACUUCUGGUUCUGCCCGGGGAGGAAGGGGGCGCUGGCUCCCGCCCCGCGUCUGUUUUCCCAGCCCCAAUUUGGGAGUGAGUGUCGGGUUCCCGGGGCGGGGCGGGCCUGAAGGACGUGGGGACACGGGCCAGAGCGGCGGCCGCACAGCGCGCACCCGACAGCAGCGAAGCGUCUCGAGCCGCGCCGGCCGAGCCCUAGGAUGGCGGAAGCGCACCAGGCCGUGGCCUUCCAGUUCACCGUGACCCCGGACGGGGUCGACUUCCGGCUCAGUCGGGAGGCCCUGAAACACAUCUACCUGUCCGGAAUCAACUCCUGGAAGAAGCGCCUGAUUCGCAUCAAGAACGGGGUGCUUAGGGGUGUGUACCCGGGCAGCCCCACCAGCUGGCUGGUCGUCGUCAUGGCAACAGUGGGUUCCUCCUACUGCGGUGUGGACAUCUCCAUGGGGCUGGUCAGCUGUAUCCGGAGAUGCAUCCCUGAUGGGUGCGGCCCCUACCAGAGCCCACAGGCCCGGGCCCUUGUCAGCAUGGCUGUCUUCUCCACCGGGGUCUGGGCAACUGGCAUCUUCUUCUUCCGCCAAACCCUGAAACUGCUGCUUUCCUACCACGGGUGGAUGUUUGAGAUGCACGGCAAGACCAGCCACUCCACCAAGAUCUGGGCUAUCUGUGUCCGGCUUCUGUCCAGCCGGCGGCCCAUGCUCUACAGCUUCCAGACGUCGCUGCCCAAGCUCCCGGUGCCCAGCGUGCCUGCCACAAUUCAGCGGUACCUGGAGUCAGUGCGGCCGUUGUUGGAUGACGAAGAAUAUUACCGCAUGGAGGUGCUGGCCAAAGAAUUCCAGGACAAGACAGCCCCCAGGCUGCAGAAGUACCUGGUGCUCAAGUCUUGGUGGGCAACCAACUACGUGAGCGACUGGUGGGAGGAGUACAUCUACCUUCGAGGCAGGAGCCCCCUCAUGGUGAACAGCAACUAUUACGUCAUGGACUAUGUGCUCGUCAAGACCACAGAGGUGCAGGCUGCCCGCAUGGGAAACGUCAUCCACGCCAUGAUCACGUACCGCCGGAAGCUGGACCGUGAGGAGAUCAAGCCUGUGAUGGCGCUCGGCAUCGUGCCCAUGUGCUCCUCCCAGAUGGAGCGGAUGUUCAACACCACUCGCAUCCCGGGCAAGGAGACAGAUGUCCUGCAGCACCUCCUGGACAGCAGGCACGUGGCCGUCUACCACAAGGGCCGCUUCUUCAAGGUGUGGCUCUACAAUGGCUCCCGCCUGCUCAAGCCCCGAGACCUGGAGCUGCAGAUCCAGAGGAUCCUGGAUGACCCCUCGCCGCCACAGCCCGGGGAGGAGAGGCUGGCUGCACUCACUGCCGGGGGCAGGGUGGAGUGGGCAGAGGCUCGCCGGGCCUUCUUCAGCUGCGGCAAGAAUAAGGCGGCGCUGGAGGCCAUCGAGCGGGCAGCCUUCUUCGUGGCUCUGGACGAGGACUCCCACGACUAUGAGCCUGAUGACGAGGCCAGCCUCAGCCUCUACGGCAAGGCCCUGUUGCACGGCAACUGCUACAACAGGUGGUUUGACAAGUCCUUCACUGUCAUCGCCUUCAAGAACGGCCGGCUGGGCCUCAACACAGAGCACGCGUGGGCAGAUGCACCCAUCAUAGGGCACCUCUGGGAGUUUGUGUUGGCCACUGAGACCUUCCACUUGGGCUACACGGAGAGCGGGCAUUGUCUGGGCAAACCGAACCCCUCGCUGCCACCUCCUCAGCGGCUACAGUGGGACAUCCCUGAGGAGUGCCAGGCAGCCAUUGAGAGUUCCUACCAGGUGGCCAAGGCCCUGGCGGACGAUGUGGAGCUGUACUGCUUCCAGUUCUUGCCCUUCGGCAAAGGCCUCAUCAAGAAGUGUCGGACCAGCCCUGACGCCUUCGUGCAGAUCGCCCUGCAGCUGGCCCACUUCCGGGACAGGGGCAGAUUCUGUCUGACCUAUGAGGCCUCGAUGACCAGAAUGUUCCGGGAGGGGCGAACCGAGACCGUGCGUUCCUGCACCAGUGAGUCCACGGCCUUCGUGCAGGCCAUGAUGGACGCGCACUCAAUGAAAGCAGACCUCCAAGACCUCUUCCGGAAAGCCUCGGAGAAGCAUCAGAACAUGUACCGCCUGGCCAUGACGGGCGCUGGGAUCGACAGGCACCUCUUCUGCCUUUAUGUGGUCUCCAAGUACCUGGGGGUCACAUCCCCUUUCCUGGCCGAGGUGCUCUCAGAACCCUGGCGCCUCUCCACCAGCCAGAUCGCUCAGUUCCAGAUCCGCAUGUUUGACCCAGACCAGUACCCCAAUCACCUGGGUGCCGGAGGUGGCUUUGGCCCUGUAGCAGAUGACGGCUACGGCGUUUCUUACAUGAUCGCGGGUGAGAACACAAUCUUCUUCCAUGUCUCCAGCAAGUUCUCGAGCUCGGAAACGAACGCCCAGCGCUUUGGGAACCACAUCCGCCGAGCCCUGCUGGACAUUGCCAAUCUCUUCCAAGUUCCCAAGGUUGACAGCUGAGCACUGGAGACAACGGCCAGCUGCCCUUUCACCCCCACGUCAUGGUAGGAAGGGGCCUGCUGCUAGCACGCAGGCCUGCGUCGUGGCUGUGCACAGGCCACAGGCUCUGAAGGGCAGCCCUGGGCAGCAGGGCCCUCGCUGAACACACGCUGCUUCCCAAGGACCGAGGACGUGGAGGUGGGAUUGGAGCCGGGAUGGAAUUUUAAUUUUUUUCUCGGUAGAUCGUAAUAAAAAUAAGGCUGUGUAAUUCUCUCUUA